AUGCCUCGUCGACUGUCGACAACCCUACGAGUGCCCCGUCGAGACAAUCUCUUUUCCGCAGACGACGAUACCGCCGAAGUCGAGGCUGAUGCAUUCAGACGCCGCCUCGUAGGCCGCAGGAAAUCAGCUCCGCCUGGCUUUGUUCCUUCAGAGCAUCACGUUGGCCCUCCUGCUCCUUCCAGAAUACCUAGGUUGGAGUUGACAGAAGCCCCGGACGAGCCACCUGUGCAAGAUGAUGCGGAGGUCGACUCAGACGCUGGGAGCUUCACUCUCAAACUCCGCCAGCAGGCCAUCAACGAGACACAUCCCUUUGGAAUCAGGCUAUGGAAACCCGCCCUUUACCAGCAAGGCAAACCACCCGACGACGAUGAGAGCAAUAGAACCAACUCCAUACCAGGUCAGAACGCCAAUUUGUGGUCGUUGCUGUUCAACAUCCUCUGGACUAUCUUGUUCGGUUGGUGGCUGGCUAUCCUCGCUGCCGUCGGCGGUCUUGUCUGUAUAGCCUCUUCAACAUCCAGUUCGAGAGAAUAUGGCCGAGUCUUGUGUAGCUUGGCCGCAUACAUAUUCUAUCCGUUUGGAAAGCUUGUGCGACUUGAGCCAAACGACCGCCUCAACCAGGGACGCAGCAUGCAUGAGUAUGAGCAAUGGCAGAAUGGCAGCCUGAAUCAUGGCCAUCUUUUCUUCGGUCCCAGACAAGGGCAGCCCACGGGACAGACUACCAUGUUCAGUCGAGGCCAGUGCAAGAGUGGAAGGGUCGUCUUCUUUUCUGUCCUAUACAUUUUUAUUAUUCCGCCGUUGUUCCUGGUCUCGUUGACCUGCUGGGCCCUCGUGUUUACCAUUCCCAUGGCCAAGACCUGCAUGCAUUUGCUCCGUCAUCUUCGACAUUGUCCUCUCGCCCUUUCUUUCGAUUCAGAUGCACAAUCGGUGCGAUCAGAUGAGGGGCAAGAUUCCAAAGUUUUGCUCUGCACUUACUCUGCCGUCGGCUUUCGAUACUGGCGCUACUCGAUAGGCGGGAACAGCAUCUUUCUCAUCGACCUCAUGGGCAUCGCCUUGAUCAUAAUCUUCAACUGGCUUAUUCUUCAGAAGCUCUUGCAUAUCCACAUCUUCACUAUCCCGCCCGGCCUACUCUUCCCGGCCAGCCUUCUUGGCAUCAUACCCCUAGCUUAUUUUAUAGGCCAGGCUGUCGCUUCAAUCUCUGCUCAAUCAUCUAUGGGCGUGAGUGCCGUGGUGAAUGCAUUCUUCUCCACAAUAUUCGAGGUCCUUUUCUACUGCGUGGCCUUCAAGCAGGGAAAGAGCCGCCUCGUCGAAGGGUGCAUCAUUGGAAGCAUCUUUGCUGGAGUUCUAUUCCUCCCAGGAUUAUCCAUGUGCUUUGGCGCCCUCAAGCGCAAGACGCAGCGGUUCAACUCCAAAUCAGCUGGUGUCACCUCAACCAUGCUGCUUUUCGCCAUCAUUGGGGUCUUUAGCCCUACGCUGUUUUAUGCAGUCUAUGGUACUCAUGUUGUGAGAUGCCGGGGCUGCUCCUACAAACCCACUCAGACCUUGACGGUCAACUCUCAGCGGACUGUUGCAAAUUGCCAAACCUGUUCCAUCUCCCAGGAGCUUGAUCUUGAUGGGCAUCUUUACGUCCAUGUUCUUCGACCAUUCAGCUACUUCUGUGCCGCUCUUCUCCUGUUGGCAUAUGUGAUUGGGCUGCUGUUCACUCUUCGCACUCACGCCACCGUCAUCUGGACCAGCGAUGCAGAGGAUAAGAAGCACCUCGCACGUAGACAACAGCCAGUGACUACACCUUCGACCCAGGGAAGGCCAGAACUCCCCAUUGGUGCACCCUUUGAGUCUCGGAGACACUCCUUCAGCAGCUAUCGCGCAAGCAUUAGGUCGACCACCACGGUGGGAUCUCCGCGCGGAGAACUAUCUCCUCUGUCAUCCCCAUUGCAAGGGGUCGAGCCAGAGGUUCCACCUAGGAAUCUGGCACGAAGAGACUGCGAUAUUCUGCCUGAAUUGCCUGAGGAGGACGGCGCUCAGGAUGGCACAAACAGAACAUCCAUCUCAUCCACAGACGCUCAAGUUGCCAGGACGAGAGCAUCAAAAGAGAAUGACUGGCAUUCUGUGCCCAACUGGAGCAGAACAAAAAGCCUGCUGAUACUACUUGGAGCAACGAUUCUCUACGGCAUUCUUGCCAAUAUCAUCAUUGAGAUGGUUGAUUCUGUUCUCAAAGAAGUCCCUGUAGAUGAAAAGUUUGUCGGACUGACCAUUUUCGCCCUCGUGCCAAACACGACAGAAAUCUGGAAUGCCAUUCUAUUUGCAAUAAACGGCAAUAUUGCCCUGUCGAUGGAGAUUGGCUCUGCCUACGUACUUCAGGUCUGCCUCCUCCAGAUCCCGGCCCUUGUGUUCUUUUCUGCAGUGUUCCACUCACAACCUGGCCCUCACGAGGAUUUGAGGAACUAUGUGUUUCCCCUUGUUUUCCCACAGUGGGAUAUGGUGCUUGUUGUCAUUUGUGUGUUCCUUUUGGGGUAUCUGUAUGGCGAAGGGAAGAGCAAUUACUUCAAGGGGAGCAUUCUUUUGCUUGCAUAUGUGGUUGUCGUCGCGGGGUUCUACUUUUCAGGGGUAUGA